CGUGAAGGCAGUUAACCGGUUUUAGGUUUUUAAGUCACAGUUGAGUGUACAAAAUCGGAUCUACAGGUUGACUCGGGUGGAUUCCCGUGUGUAAAAUGCACACACAGCGAACAUUCCUGGCUUCGGAUAAAAACUCUAUUCCAGCAGCACUGUUCAGAAACCAUGUUAGUGCUGUGUUACAGGCAGAAUCGCUUAGGUUUCUGCCUGUUAGGAACUGCACUUAGUUUAGUCUUGUUUAUACAAUACAGCCAAAGAAACUGAAGGAGUAGCAGCAUGGGAAAUGACACUUUUUAAAAAUCUUUGGUGAAAAGCAUCUUCUUCCUCGUCAACCUGCAUUAGAUAUUAUUUGGAAAUAUGUGGGACUUAGAUCUUUUCUAACAAAAUGCUGGGAAAUGUUCACACUUGGUUAGUACCCGCCUUUUAUUUUUUAGGCAAUAGUUUAUAGGUGCCUAUUAAAUUACUCAUUCAUAUGAUAAAGGUUCUGUAAUAAAGUCAUUAAAGUGUAUAAAACUUUAUAGGAUUACUAAUCAGGAAUGCAUAUAUUAAGAGCCUCUUUAAAACAGUUGCCAGGACAGGUGACUAUAUAGAAACUUGGACCUUAACAGUAUAUUUGCUUAGGAUUUUCCCUCUUUUGUCUAGGUAAUAAGGAUACAUAAUUCUAGCUCUGCCCUACGUGCCUCCACACCUAGUAAUCUUACAAAUACCAACUUUCAUCACUAACUGAGGUAAAGCUAAACUCUUGUCAAACCAGAUGUUCUGCUGUAGAUGUUUUCCAGACUACAGGGGUGGCCCAAAAGAGGUGACAUUGCAUAGACAGUAGAUUCAUAGCUAAUAUAAGGGAAUUGCUUGGCCAUCAAUACCAAAAGGAAUCAUGAGCUCUGGAUGUUACUUUAGGAGUUUGAGAUAUGUGGAGGAAUUUAGUGAAUCAAAAGAGAACAAGAGAAGAAAUGAUUAGAACAAUGUACUCAUUAAUUUAAGCGUCUACUAGGAUAUAUGAAUACGUAUUCAUAAGUAUAUGAAUUAAAUUAAUGAGAGUUUUCUUUACCCUGAGAGAAUUUGCCAUGUAUUAGGGAAGACAUGCAAAAUAGUAAAAUUCAGGUUAAGUGACUGGCAUUAAGUGAAAUACCUUGCUCUUAGGCCUAGGUCUAGAAAUCUAAUGUUCUUGACACUGGAUUUCUAAGUAAAGGAGCUAUUUUAAAUGAUAAUUUUUGAACAUGAAUUUUUAGUUUAGGGUAACCAGAAAUCCUGUUAUUUACUGAGAAAGAAUUUAUCAAGUCAUUGUGCAUAAUAUCUACAUUUCUGGUCAAUAGGGAAAUAACUUUGGGGAUUGUAUCUUGGUAGAAAGAGGUAACAUUGUUAUUUUUAAUAAGGAAAAGAUUAAAAUAUUUAGAGGAAGUAAAUUAAAGACAUAGGAGUUAGCUGCAUUUAUUCCCCAUCUCACAUCAACAGAAAAAUAUUUUCAAGACUUAAUACAAAUGAAAACAUCUAGCUUGAGAUAUUAUACUGAAAUUAAGAAAUUAAAACUCAAUAAAGUGACUAGAAUGUAGUAUUCUUCCUCUUAUUGUUUGUUGAAUUAGAAAUUGCAGUCAAACAAUUAAAAAGCAUCCAAGAUGUUCCCAAAUCCUGUGUCUUCUGCCAAAAGAGGAUGGUUGCAAGGUGAAGACACCAAAAAUCAGUUACAUGAAGAAGCAUUAGUCCAGUUAAUAUUGGGGGUUAUGCUAUGCACCAGACAAAAGCUGUUCUAGGUGCUGGGAUACAGCAGUAAAAAAUAGACCUAAAACCAACCCUCCCUGCCUUGGAUUUCAUAUUCUAUGGGAGUCAGAUAAAAAUUAUAGUAAGUAAAAUAGUGCGUUGGUCAGAAGUGUUUGGAAAAAAAUUAGCAGAGGGGAAGUCGAGAUUUAUGUAGAUUUCUUCUAUGCUGUCUUGAAUUGGUGCAGGUCAGGAACUAGAAUUUUAGACUUGACUUUGCCCAAUUAGUUGUUCUUGGGUAAAUUGCCAUCUCAAUUUUCACAUAAGAUUAAUAGAUCAGAUAAUGGCUUUUAUUCAUCAUUUACUACAGUCAUUUAGCAGACACUCUUGCGCACUUUAGCUCAUUUACUCACAGCCACCUGAUGAGGUAUGUAGCCUUGCCCCAUUGGACACCAGCAAACUGAGGUUUAGAUCAGGACAAGCACCUCGUAAUGGUAGAGGCCAGGUUCUAAGUCAAGUCGGACUGGUGCUUGCCAUUAUCAUGGGGUAGUGCCCCUCACUGUGUUGCUUCCACUGGUUCUUUGAGCCUAUGAACUUUCGGGGUUUUUUUAAGGGAGAAUUAGGGUCAUCCGACGUCUGGCAGAGAGACGCUCGCCUCCGGGUCAGAGAGCAGCGCGAGUGCGCGCUCACGGCGCCUGCAGCCUCGUGCCCGGGCGCUGGCCGGCGCCGGGGAGUGAGAGGGAGGUGCCGACUGCAGGGAGGAGGGGCCGGCGCCUACCAGUCCCAGCAUUCCGCGGGCGCCUGCCCUCCCCUCGGAGGUCGCCGUCACGUGGGCUGGGACGGGGACGACGUUCUGUUCUGCCGCGUCGGAGGGGUGCAGCCCGGCGUUGGGGAGCAGAAAGGACCCUCGAAGGGCUCUCCUGACGUUGACAGUCGACGAUUUAAAGCCCCGCUAGAAUUUUCACCGUAUAUAUGCUUUGUUUCUUGGGUCCCAGAGAAGCAUGAGCCUGGUGGGGCUUGGGACAAGAAGAAAACAAGACACCUUCGAGAAAAGCCAGACACUAAGAGAAAAGGAUCCCAACGUCUGAAGAGACAGAGCGCAAACAUGACCGACACAGGUCUCAGGGAUCUUCCGGAGGACCCUCAAAAGGAUUUGGAAAAUGAUUCACCAAUAAAUACUCAGGCACAAGACACUACAGUCCCAGCAAGGACCACUGAAGAAGCUCAGACCCCAGACCCUGCCUCUGGUCUUAACCAAGACCAUCAAGAGAUAGAAUCACUUGGCCCAGGAAGUACAGAUGCAGAUGAUCAAUCAGAAAGUCCCGCUGAAACAAAUUAUGGGAAAUAUCCAAAGGAUGCAGAAAGUGAGAACAGCCCGAGUUUGCCGGAUGGAGAACAAGGGCAUCAGUUCCCUCCAGAAAGUCCAGCUGAAGACUCCUUGGAUCCAGAACCCCCAGAACCCAACUGUUCUCCAAGUGACAUGGUCGAAAGAACAGAUGCCCCCUUGGUGAGCAGCUCCGCAGCCCUCCCUGAGGACAUAGGCAGCAGACCCCAAGCUUCACAGGAGCCUCCUGUUGUUGACCUUCAGGAUGCCCCGUGUCCUGGUCAUUCCAGUGCGAGGCUGGACACCCCGAGCCAGGACACGCUGAGGAAGCGACUGUUGGCUCCAGAGGCUGAGAGACACCAACAGGAAACACAAAAAUUGGAAGAAAACAAAGAGAAUGCACAGGAUACCAUAAGAAAGAUUAAUAAAAAGGAUUUUUUGAGCUACGGUGAGAAUAAAACUGGCUCCAUCUUUCUUGGCUUCUUGGUUCUGACUCUUGUUUUGCUAAGUUCAGUUCAUAGCUACUAUUCCUCUCCAGCCCAGCAAGUGCCCCCAAAUCCAGCUUUGGAGGCCUUCUUGGUUCAUUUCAGCCAACUGAAGGCCAAGUUUCCGGGCCAGAGUUCCUUUUUGUGGCAGAGAGGACGGAAGUUUCUCCAGAAGCACCUCAAUGCUUCGAACCCCACCGAGCCAGCCACCCUCAUAUUCACAGCAGCUCGAGAGGGAAAAGAGACCCUGAAGUGCCUGAGCCACCACGUCGCAGAUGCCUACACAGCCUUCCAGAAAGUCUCGGCCAUUCAGAUCGACGGGGCUGGAAGAACCUGGCAGGACAGUGAUGCGGUGAAGCAGUCGGUGGACCUGGAGCUGAGCUCGGCGUUCGAGAAGGGCAGGAAGGCUGCUGUGGUACAUCGCUUUGAGUCCCUCCCUGCAGGCUCCACCCUGAUCUUCUACAAGUACUGCGACCACGAGAACGCCGCCUUUAAAGACGUGGCCCUGGUCCUGACCGUCCUGCUGGAGGAGGAAACGCUGGAAGCAAGUGUCGGCCCAAGGGAAACGGAAGAGAAAGUGCGCGAUCUCCUCUGGGAGAGGUUUACCAACGCUCACACCCCCCGGUCCUUCAACCACAUGGAUUCCGACAAACUGAGCGGGCUCUGGAGCCGGAUUUCCCACCUGGUGCUGCCCGUCCAGCCCGUGAGGAGCAUCGAAGAACACGGCUGCUUUCUCUAAGCCACGCACAGAGCUGCUUGUGGGAGGCGUGGGGUUAUUAAAGAAGGCAGUUGAAAAGGCUUCUGUUUACGUGGAAGGAGGUUGCUGAAUGCGAGGAAAUAGCCUGGAAGGCACAAAUGAGCUGAUUUUCGAAAUUGGCAUUUUUUUUUUUUUUUUAACGUUUUGUACAAUCCUUCUGAUCUACGCUUGACAAAGCUAAAAGUUGAUCUGACCUUUUUCCCUUGCCUUUCGAGCACAUCAGGAAUGUAAAACUGAGAAGUAUUUUCUUAAUCCAAAAAUAGGGCAACAGAAUCCAUGCAUGGGCAGAUGAUCGUCCCCGAAUACCUACAGGGGAUUUUUGUUUUCUUGAGAGUCUGAGGAGCCCUUUGGAUCGUAUUUGGGCUCGCAGUAAAGCAAUUAGUUACAAAGCAGUGAAAUUUUAAAAAAAAAAUUUCUAUCACAUGUUAAAUAUUUUUAAAACUGAUUUUAAUAACCUAGGUGUGGGAUUAUAGCACACACAUCUUUGCACUUUUGAAUAGUAUGAAAAAGGAAAUAAGCAUCCACACACUUAUUUACCGAAGUACUGUGUGUGAGGCACUAGCUCUGUUUUUCUCCCGUCAAAUGAGCGCCGAGGUAAAAGCAGCUGAACUCGAGAAACGUUCUUAGAAAUUGGAAACAGUAGUCACUGCAAAUGAAGAAAUUCCAGUUGGCUGUAUCUCUGCUUCAGCUUUCUUGAAUGAUUGAGAGCAGUGAUUUUCCAUCUGUUUGCAGACACCCCUCCCUUCUGGAUCAAAGCAGUUCUGCUUUUGCCCCUUUUCUAUAUUGAGACCCUCCCUAAGAUUUAAUUGGAAUAAAGAGUUCCACUGAUGAAGCUCAAAAAUCAUUGAUUAAGUGAAAAAACAUCUUAGAACAUAGGAAAUGGUUAAAAAAAUGAAUAUAUUAAAACUCGUGAGUAGGAAGAGAAUGAAAUACAGGUUUAUCUUAGAAACCGGUUUAUCUUAGAAACGUGCAGUUUUUGAAAGAUCAAGACCUACAGAUGAAAAGCGAGAAUGAAUAAACUAAUAUUUACUAGCAUAUUUCUAUGCUUUUUAAAGUUUGUUUCUGUUUCCCUCGAAUGAAAUUUUAUAAUUGUGUAAGAUGGGAGUUUCAGUGCCCUUUAAGCAGAACAGAUUUUAAUAACCAAUUGAUGGAGUUCCUUGGUGGUCUAGGGGUUAGGAUUUUAUGCUUUCACCACUGUGGCCUGGGUUCAGUCCCUAGUCUGGGAACUGAGAUCCCACAUCAAGCCACUGCGCUGCACCAAAAAAAAAAAAAAAAAUCACCAAUUGCACAGUGGAUUUUUAUAUGGGUAUGUCAGCAUCGCUUUCCCGCACUGUCUACUUGUUACGCAAUGAUGGAACAUUGCAUAGUGCAGCUCAUUUCUUUACCACCUAGUACCAUUGGGUUAACAAUUAGAAAAAUGCAAGAUACGUUAUACUUAGAAAUGAAAGAAAGAAUCUGAGAUUUAAACAGCCCACCUUAAUUGUUAGACUGUGUUCUGUGACUGUCAGAAAGCUUGAGAGCAGUGUUUAUGGAGACAGUGAUUGUUGAUUUGCAUUUCAACUCUGAAAGCAGAGCUUUAAUAAUAUGAUCUUGACCUAGUAAAGGAUCUGUCCCCAUGACACUGCUUACACAGAACCAUCACCAUGAACUUGGAAUAUUUCGGCUAGGUUUUGGCCUCUCUGCUGCUAGGAGAGCAGUGUGUGUGUGUGCGUGUGUGUGUGUGUGUGUACAGACACACACCCUUAAGUCAUGUGAUUAAAGUAUGGAAGGGUUUUCGGAAACAGUAAGAAAAUAUAGGGUCCUUAUUGACACCUAAACAGAGACCAUAAAGGCAUGGGGGAAGAAUCUAUUUGAAAAUGUCACAGGAAAAAUACUUUGAGACUUUGUGAAAUUGAGGAGACCCCCUUCCUGAACAAAAAGUUAAAGCCCAGUGAGUAUCCCGUCACUGCCAAUCCAAUAUAAAAUCAGUGGCAACUGAAGAAAAAUCUAUAUACCCUAUUAGGUUUUGUUUUGUUUUUUUGGCAUUUCUAGAUCUCAGAUGCCAGCAUUACAUCACACAAAACCAGUGGUGCCUUGUAGGAUGCUAUGUUGGCCUGCUGACCUGUGCUACCUCAGAUCUAUAAAGAACCAGCGUGGAAUGUACACAUCUCAUCUGUCAAUGACUUAGGUCACAGCUGAGACAAAGAUGUCUUCAUUUAGUUGAAUAUAGUUUUUCAUCAGUUCCAUUCAGCAUAAUUUAGAAAAACAUUUUCAAAAUCGCACCUUUUUUUUUUCCUGUUUGGCCGUUGUUAAAAAACACUUCUCCUUCCAUGUAUACGUGCAAUCCGCAGAAACUGUUGUCAGCUUUCUGUCCACUAUUUCAAAACUCAUUUUUAAAGGAAGUAGCAUAUUAGCUCUGGGUCUUAUUAUCAUGAAUAAAAUGAUUAUUGUAAAAGCAUAGAACUUUAUAUUUUUAAAUGUACAAAUAAAAUCUAUUAUCUAAUGUACUCUUAAUUUCUUUUCUCUUCAAUUCUAUCUCUUUUAAAAAAUUUUUUUCAAUUUUCAAGUUUCCAAAUUUUCGUUCAUGUAUCUGGUAGUUCAUCUUUCGUUAGUUUGCUUGUUUGAGAAAGCCUGCUGACUUGUGGGCAUAUGAUACCACAUAGGAUACCCAAAUGUUACCUAGGCUAGGGGUCAAUUUGGAGCUAUAGCCGCCAGCCUACACCACAGCCACAGCAAUGUGGGAUCUGAGCUGUGUCUGUGACCUAAACUGCAGCUCCCAGCCAUGCCGGAUCCUUAACCCACUGAGUGAAGCCAGGGAUCGAACUCUUAUCCUCAUGGAUACUAGUUGGAUUUGUUUCUGCUGUGCCACAAUCGGAACUCCAGAACAACUCUUGUUACAUUAUAUAUUAAUGUAAAUAUCACUUUUUAAGUGAUACCAGAAUUCUAGAAGCAACUGGUAGAAUUAUAAACUGUCUCUCGACUUGAGUUUUUUCCCCCAGUGGGGUAAAUUUUAGGUUUCCCAGUUCCCAAGGGUUGGCAGAGAAGUUCCAGGGAGUCAUAUAACUAAAGGUAGCAAUGCUUUUUAUUCUAUUUCUGUUUUUUAAACCCAUGAGAGAAUUUCAAUAUACUUCAUUUGAAAACAGUCAAGCUUCAUGGUGAGUAAGGCUCGGCUGGCCUGCGACCUGCCAUCUUCCAGCCAGUGACCCAGCUGAACAGUGUUCGCCGCUGAGAUGGUUUCGACCCUUUCAGUUUUUUAUUGUUUGAUUUGCACUUUGUUUAAUGUGCAAUGAUGUUAAAAUAUAACCAACAAACUCCGCGUGUUAAAUGGUAGCAAUUCAACAAGAUGAUCCUCACCAGGGCUCUAUUUCCACGUAUCUGACCACAGUUUUUAUGCAGCAUUGUCAGGGGUAAAGUACUUCAAAAACAAAUUGAAGAUAUAAUGAAUCAUAACUUUAUUUAAAUUACUUAAAUGAUAACUUUCAUUAGAUGAUUAAAGUUAUCAUUUCAUGGCAAUCAAGUUUAUAUCCUUACACAGUUUAUUUGUAAGAGAAGUACUUUCUGAUAGGAAUAUACCUUUUUUCUUUUAUCAUCGGAAAAUAAAAUAUAGCCCUUAUAAAAAAUAAACCAAUCCUCAUUGUGAAGCCUUCAAUGUAUCAUUUUAUAAAAGCAGUUUUUAAUCUCUUUUUCAAAUUAUAAUUAGUUAAGUAUUAAUCUUCAUUUUAAUAUUUGGUUCACCAAUCCGAGCCUACUAUAUUUCACUUUGAAAUGUAUUUGUUGAAAAGUCAUAGUGGUUUUCCUUUUUGUUGUUGUUGUUUUUUCAAAAUUAUAAAGUACCUUGAACACUAUGUAUCACUUAUUUAAUGGGAAUGUUGAUAACAUAAGGGAAUGAUUACUUUAAAAUAUUUGCUGAGAGUGUUUAUGAGAUUAUAAAAUACUUAGGCUUAUGAGUCACAUGGGAAAUACUCAUUAUGAAUAGUAAUAUAUUUGCAAAGAAGAUGUUACCAAUUCUAGAGAGAAGUUUUUCCAGAUGACUUUAAAAUAUGCCUUAUUUCUACUGGGUUAAGUUUUAGGUGUUAGGUUGUGAAGGAGCUGAUGGUGUGGGCCCUAAAUUUGCCUCAUUCAGACUGAGACUGGACUACUGAAAUUCAUUUCCAACUACUCUACUGCCUGAUCAGUUCUGUAUACGGCAGUGCUUUUCAACUUGUUUUUAAAUAUAUAUGUAUCAACUAGUUAAGAACACUAACCUUAUCCUAGCAGCCUGAGAGCACAGCCAGCAUACCCCAGGUCUGUAAAUAAUCUCUAAACAUAUAAAUACUUUAGUCUUCAGUGCCUUUCCUUCCAGUACUACAUGCUGUGUUUAUUUCAGCUUGUUUUCAAAUUUUUCUUUGAAAAUCCAUAGCUUGGUUCCUGUACUGGGAAUGAUCUCCCAUUUUUCCUCAUUGAGGCUUAUAAACGAAAUUUGCCCUUGGUUAAUAGCAGAACCAAAAAGAACAUUUUGGACUUGGGAAGCAGCAGGCUGAGUAGGUAGGAUAGAGCUGGCAAGAAGCUAUGAUUCUUGCCACAAUAGCUCACAGCCAUUACAGCCUCCCUCUCUCUGUGCUCCCACUAACUCAGCAUUCUCAUCCCAGAGCUCUAGGCAGCUGCUACACGUUGAUCAGAUUACAAGAGAUGUAAGUCUUUUUGCCAUCCCUGUCAUGAAAGAAGUAGGACACCGACUUUCCAAUAAUGCAUCUGCUCUUUUUUUUUUUUCUACUUAAAAAAUAAAUGGGCUUUGCCAGUAUUCAUGUCAAAAUUCUUGGCCUUCCCCUUCUUAUGUAACCAUGAUUGCUUUCGCAUUUGUUUCUUAUAGAUGUUGAAGGAUGUGCCUUAUUCAAAUCAGACGUCUGGUUUUACCAAAAAUAAAUCUUAAUUUUUCUCA